CCUAUAUGACAACAUGAGUAAAAAUGUUAUUUACGUAAAUUAAAACUAUUAUAUUACGCCCGGAUAUUUUUAAAAUCUAAAUCUAUUAUAUUUAAACAAAUUUUUCUUGAGAAAAUAUACCUAGGCCUAUGCCUACUGAAGUUUGAUCACUUUCGUUCACCGGUUUCUCACAAAAUCAAAAUGGCGCUGUCCACGAUAGUUGCGGGCAAGACAUUACACACAGGACAUUUUGCUGUCAGUUUAUGUAAAUCAUGCUCUCGCUUCAACCAGAUCCGAUUUAGUCGAUACCCAAAAAAUUAUGUGGAACCGAUCCCAAACCCAGAGGUAUUCAAAUCAGGUGCACUUCCUAUUGACGUCAGCACACCGGUCAAAGCUGCUUAUAAUGAUGUCUCCUCCUCGUUAACUGCAGAUCCAUUAGCAAAUAAAUUUAUAAAUGUUAUGAUGGAAGGUGGCAAGAAAGAAAUUUGUAGGAAAAUAAUGGAUAAGACAUAUUUUGAGAUAAAGAGAAUUCAAUAUGGUAAAUUCCUUAAAGCAAGUGAGGAGAAUAAAUCAUCAAUAGAGCUUAAUCCAGCCGUAAUCUUCCAUCAAGCUAUUGAAAACUCAAAGCCGGUCAUUGGUUUAACUUCAGUCAAACGAGGAGGAAAAAGCUACCAAGUUCCAACACCUUUAAAAGAACCAAGGCAGCGUUUCCUAGCAAUGAAAUGGAUGAUUACAGAAUGCAAAACAAAAGAUCUUAAAACACACAUGCCAGAAAAAUUAGCUGAAGAACUACUAAAGGCCUAUGAAAAUACGGGUAAUGUUAUCAAGAGAAAACAUGAUCUUCAUAAAAUGGUUGAGUCAAAUCGAGCAUAUGCACACUUCAGAUGGUGGUGAGGAAUCUGUUAUAACAAAGACAUUGAAGUAUAGUAUCUAUGGAUUUCAUUGGCAGAAAUCACAUAUAUUUAACAACAAUCAACUUUUGAAACCACACCCACUUAUUGAUGAUGUCAUCAUAAGCCAAUAAAGGUGUUGUGGAGUGUUAACAGUUCACAGAGUGGGGUGAUGCAUAUUUACUGAUACAUUAAAAUACAGCCGGAAAACCAGUCUUUAAUAUAGUAGAUAACUGUGAUAAUGGUUCUUCAGUGACUUAAGUGGAUAUAUGGACUUUAAAAAUAGCACACCAAAGCCUGUUACCACACAUGACUCUGCUCCUGUUUCCUUCAAAAUAUUAUAUCAAUUUUUGUUCCAUAUGUACUGGCCUACGGACUCACUUUCUCUUGUUUUUUCUAGAACUUAAAUCUCAGCCAAAUCACUUCUUUGACCAGGCACCUGUGAUUUGGAAUCAACUUCCACUUAACAUCCGUCCGACUUCAUCUCUCCUUAAAACUUCAUCUCUCUACCAGUUUGUGUCUCUCCUUAAAACUUACCUGUUUCAAUAUAUUAAUGGUCUUAUAGUGCUGGGAGACACCAGUAAAGAGUGCUUUAUAAAUGCAAAUUAUUAUUAUUAUUAUUAUAAUACAGAUCAUUUUCGAUCUAAUUGGGCUGCAGAAGGAUUUCAAUUUUACCAUGAUCACAAAUUGGCAAUAGCGGAGACUGAAUUGCACGUGUGACAUACGUAUAUGUAAAACAGAUAAAAAUCACUUAAAACUAUAAAUUCAGAUUAGUAGUAUUGUACAUCAUUAAAGCAAAAAAAGACAUCAAAAUCUAAAAUAAGUCAGAUUUAAAAGGUUAGGGACAUUUCUUGAUGUAAUUAUGCAGCUAACCUUUUGAAGACUCGUUUUAUUAAUAAAAAAAAAUG